CCACUUCUAGACUGGAUCAUCUUUUGGUCGAAAAAUGAUGACUGGAUAUCUUUCUGCAAAAGGCAUUAAAGCUUCUGAAGGCAGAGUGGGCAAAGUGUUGAGAAGCAUUCAUCAACCCUAUCAUGCAGCAAGACAGCAGGGUGCCAGAAAUCUCAACCCCAUACCCUACAAUGCAGAAUACAUGGGUCAUAAGCUUCACUUAGAUCAAAAUGAAAAACUUGUUAUGUUUGGAGUGACCCAUGUCAUGGCUAUUGAUGGUUUCAGCAAGAAGAUUGUCAGUCAUUCCACCAUGCCGGUAAAAAAAAACAUCAUCAUUUACGAGGAUGUGUACAGACCUGCUCUGCUUUCUUGUGGACUGUGGGAUCAGGUCAGAGUUGACUGUGGGAAGGAGUUUUACCUGGCACUGUUCAUCCAGGAAAGGCUGGCACAAUACAGAUACAAUUGUCAGAGGCAGCCCUACAUUCAGACACCUUCUACAAGGAACCAUGUGAUUGAGAAAAUGUGGUCAGAGGUAAAUGCCCGAGUCAACUAUCCUCUGAAGACUGCUUUGGUACAACUGGUGGACAUGGAGGAACUGGACAUGGAGGACAGCACAUCCAAGUACUGUGUGUCAAACUUGACAUGCCAGAUGGCCAGGAUUGGUAUCACUAAUGUUGUAGAGGCAUGGAAUGCACACAGGAUCCCAGGAAAAGGAAUACCAAAUGAACUGGCUAAAGGGGGGUGUCCUGCAAAAAUUGCUGAGGAACUUCUGCCUAAUGGUGCCGCUGCAGCUGACCUGUAUCAGCAGGAGGUGGGAUCAGCCUUGAAGAGAGAUUCCAUUUUUGGACUGGAGCCUUUCUCCUCUGAAGAAGCCAAACAGUGGACUGAAACAGAGUUUGGUUCUCAUUUUGACUUGUUUUCACUUUACCAAAACGUGGUUCAUCAUAACUAUGGACCCUUUAAAGAUGCUGUUAGGUUUCUUAUUGACAUCACCAGAUGUUGUGUGUGAUCCAUUAGUGGUAUUCAAUGAAGAAACGAGUAAACUUCUCCAAAAAAAAUUUAUUACAGAGAAAACUACAAGCUGUUUCAAUUUAUAACAGUUCAAAUAAUUUGUAUUUACAAUCUUGUUUCUGAUUGUUGGCAAUAAAGGAGAACUUGCAAUUCUC